AUGUUGCGGUUACCUGGCGGGUGUGUAUCGUCUCUGUUGGUUUGAGGAUUCAUGACUGAAAGCUCCGUCAGACGGAAGUGUGUGUAGCCGUCGUUCGUGACAAGGUCGGAGGGAUGAAAGGAUUGGGACGGGUCCAAACUCAGACCGGAAACAUGUCACCUUAGGGGCGGGGCGCAGGUAGGUGGAGAAUCUUCUAUCCGAGAAGUUUGAUGAUGGGCCUGUGCGACGGCCUCUCCCACUGUAAACUGGCCUUGGCCUUCGCUGUGUUGAUGGACUUACUGGGAGGAGCCGCUCUGCUGGUGGGGGUCUUUGCCCCCAUGGAGAUCAAAGGACAAGACUUUGGAGACUUACUGGUCUAUACUGGAGCUCUGUUGGUGCUGAUGUCUCUGGCCGGAUGGGUGCUGUGGUACAGCGGAAACAUCGACGGUCUGACGUCCAAGAGUGAACUGGGACACAUCGGCAGCGCCGUCGACCGGCUGGCUCGAAACCUGAGCCGCAAGAUCCGCACGUACAGGGCCAACACUUAUUCAUGAAGUCUGAAUCCAUUUCAUGUUUAAGAGUCUUCUGAUGCCUGCGUUUGUCGGUAUUCAUACGAGAUACCGACACUUGAUCAAACUCUUCCUGUCUUAGUGUUUCAAGCAUGUCGGAAACAUUUUAAUUCCAGAUGUGCACCUGGUUCUGUUACAUAGUUGUGCUAUUGAUGUUUUAUUAGGAUUGUCAUUUUUUAUAGUAUAUAGUGUUAUAGAUUCAGUAUAGCAGUGGCAGCUUUCAAUAAAAGCCAUUUGUAAACAUUAUAAAUGUCUGUUUUUAUUAUUUUUUUUCAACA